AUGGCUCACUCCCACUCACACGACGGUGGCAUCGGCCACUCUCACGAUGAUCCGUUCAACGGCCAUGGCCACUCGCACGAGAUUUUGGACGGCCCAGGAUCAUACGUCAACCGAGAAAUGCCGCUGAUCGAGGGUCGCGACUGGAAGGAUCGGGCUUUUACAGUCGGCAUUGGCGGACCCGUCGGAUCUGGAAAGACAGCCCUGAUGCUGGCCCUGUGCCAUGCUCUGCGUGAUGAAUAUAAUAUCGCCGCCGUGACAAAUGAUAUCUUCACUCGAGGACGCCGAAUUCUUGACACGCCACAAGCGCUUGCUCCUUCGCGAAUCCGUGCCAUUGAAACGGGCGGAUGUCCUCACGCCGCUGUUCGCGAGGAUAUCAGCGCAAAUCUGCUGGCCCUCCAGAACCUGCAACGUCAAUUCAAGACCGACCUCCUUCUCAUUGAAUCCGGGGGUGAUAAUUUGGCUGCCAACUACUCCCGUGAAUUGGCCGAUUUUAUCAUCUACGUGAUUGAUGUCGCGGGCGGUGAUAAGGUGCCACGCAAAGGUGGGCCAGGCAUCACAGGCUCGGACCUGUUGGUGGUCAACAAGAUUGACCUGGCAGAGGCAGUCGGCGCCGAUCUCAAGGUCAUGGAACGAGAUGCGGCGAAGAUGCGGGAAGGUGGUCCCACCGUGUUUGCGGUGGUGAAGCAUGGAAAGGGAAUGGAUCACAUUGUCAACCUGAUCCUGAGUGCGUGGAAAGGCAGUGGUGCCUAUGAGGAGAGUCUGAAGCGGUGGAAGGAAGGUGCGCCCAGGGGGUCAGGCAGUGUGGAGGAGUAA